AUGAUGACGAGAUCGGUGUCUUCUCAGGCUCGUGUGAUGACGAGACCGCUCGAUUUCGUAUAUGAUGACGAGAUCGGUGUCUUAUCGGGCUCGUGUGAUGACGAGACCGCUCGAUCUUGUGUGAUGACGAGAUCGGUGUUGUCGAGAGGUUUGGCCAGAACGUUGACGUGUACCUUUGAAGUUUUUUUGCUUCUCGAGUCUCUUUGCCGAGCUCAGUUUUUAUUGUGUCUCGACCUCGCUCUUCGACGAGAUCGACUUUGCUUUGCUUCUCGAGCCCUCUCUUCGACGAGCUCGGUUUUUCUUUUGUCUCGACCUCGCUCUUCGACGAGAUCUGUUUUGCUUUGCUUCUCGAGCCCGCUCUUCGACGAGCUCGGUUUUUGUGCGGAGUCUAUUUAUAGACUUGCCGUUUCGGCGGUGCAUACAAAUCAUCCGAAUGACGGAGUGGUUGAAGGCAACGACGAGAUGGAAGUGCAAGCAUAUCAUCCGGAUGACAGAGUGAUUAAGGUGCGUUCUUCUUGGCGUCGUCGUCGUUGUUCGACGAGAUUAUUAUAUGUAUUUGAAAAGUAA